CCAAACAAACUUCAUUAACGUCAUAUGAAAAAAUCAACAAUGAAACUUUGAAAUUCGCUGCGAAUAGUCCUCCAUAUCCAAAAUGUCCUUCGAAUAUUACACAAAUUGGUGGAUAGCCAGCAAGAAACAAUUAGAAAACCUAUGGAUACGCGACGAAAUCUUCAGGAAAAAAGCCAAACCGAUCAACGACCGCUGCUUAGCCAACAUGCUCAUUGGAGGCAUGUAUGCCAAAUACUCGAUGCUGGUUCAAGAUAUAGACGCUUGCCUAGACCAAAUGGCCCAACCACAGAAGAGAACGACAGUGAGGAAGCUCAUGGAUGCUGCCACAAUAAGACUCACUGAAAUGAGCAACGAACUCAAAAAAAUCGAUCUCUCCGAGUUUCACUACAUAGAUGGAAGUCUGAUAGAGCUUAAACUAGUGCCUUAUGACGUGGAAAUACUUCAUCCUGCUCUCUUCUUUCCGAGACCAAUAGAAGUAGAAGAAAUGUGGCAGAAAAUCCAGAAAGGUGAACGUAUAUUCAGUAUACCGAUACCGGAAGAAGAGACAGCAGUACCGAUAGAAGAAGAAAAUAAAGAAGAGGUAGAAGCAGUCCCAAUUCCCAUAGAUGUGAAGAAAUCCAAAGAAAAGAAGGAUAGACGACCAAAGCCCGUAAUCGUCGAAGAAGCACCCAAACUAUCAGAAGAAGACGAAAAGGAACUGAAACGCAAACAAAUCAUCACGGAAGCAGUUAAAUUAAUUCAGAUAGCAGAAAGAGCGAGGCAAGAGAGAUUAUACUUCCACAUAAAAAAUCUGAUACACCAUAGGAAAAAAACAGCUAUAGCUGCUGCACAAGUACACGGUAACAAAGCUCUUCAAGCAGCUGAAAAUACUGAGGACUUGACCGCACCACUGAUUAAAAUUCAGAGCCUUUGGAGAGGAUUCAGCGCUCGGGAACUAAUGAAAGCCAAAGAAAUAGAGAGACGGUUGUUGAUAGGAAUGUACGAACCUCCUUGGAAGUCCAAAAUCGAAAAAGAAACCUUCGAGAGGAACCUAGAGAAACGUCGAGAAUACAGGGAUCAACGCAUCAAGGAAUACAUAGACUCUAUUGAUAAGGAAAAGGCUAGGAUUUUGCGAGUCGUGGCACCAGGUUUGAUGGAGGAUAUAGGUGAUGAGAUCAGAGAAUGGUUCCACGUGUGGUACAGAGAAGCGAAGCUAUUCGAUAAAUACCCACCAGAGGAAAAAGGAGGUACCAUCCUGGUAGUGAGAGGGGAAACCAUGACACCAAAAGAAUACUUGGACGAGUACGAGCGGAAGAGGAAAGAAAAAAUGAAAGCAGGAGGGGCCGACAAGCUGAAAGAGAAGGAAAAGAAGGAGAAGUUGAAGAAACAGGAGGAGGAGAGGAAAAAAAAGGAAGCUGAGAAAAAGAAGAAGGAAGCAGCAGCCAAAGCAAAGAAGAAAAAGAAGAAAGGAGGAGAAUACGAGUUCGAAUAUAUCGAAACUGCUGGAAAACCUGUUUACGAGAAAGGUAUCGAAGAACACCAAAAUAUAUGGGAUCAGCGGAACGAGAUUGAAAAUCCUCUCGAGAAACACUACAUGGAUAUGAUAACAGAACAAAAAUGUUACGAAGUCCAACUUGAAGUCAGAUACAAAAUCGAUGAACUGAUGAGACUGGAACUCGAAAUGUUAGAGGAGGCUUUAGAGGAAGAUAAGAUACGCCUCAAGGGAAAAAAAGGCAAACCAAAGAAGAAGAAAAAGAAGCCGAAGAAAAAACGAGGCAAAAAAGGAAAGAAAGAUCCUACAGCCAACAGAACCACUGAAGACCUGUUUCAAGAACUAUUCGACAACGGAAUUAUAAGAACAUACCCCCACGUGAGGCUGGAUGAGUACAAAGGCGACUUCAGCUAUAAGAACUGGGACUUGAGAAAUCAGGACUUUGAUCCUCCAGCCACUCUUCUAGAUGUGAGGCAAGCCAUAGUGAUGAACUGCAUAAUGCCUAUGGGAGUGGAAACUAUGAAAAGACCCAAAUCAGUGCUGAUUGUUGGACCAAGGCAAAGUGGAAAGCAUCUUCUGGCUAACGCCAUAUUCAAUGAAACCCAUAGUGUUCUCUUCGAUCUGUCGCCUGCAAUCACUGCUGGAAAGUAUCCUGGACCCAAGGGCAUGAAGAUGUUUCUACAUCUAAUCAGCAAGAUGUCUAGAUUAUUAGCUCCCUCUAUCAUUUAUUUUGAUGGAGCUGAGAAGAUAUUUUACAAGAAGGUACCAAAGGAGGAAAAAGAAAUGGAUCCAAAGAGAAUAGGGAAGAAGCUUGUCAAAGGUAUCAUCAAAACAAUAACUCCUGCAGAUAGAGUACUUGUUUUAGGUAUAAGUGGAAAACCGUGGACAGGUCAGGCAGGCAAAAUGAAGAAAGCCUUCGAAAAAAAUAUCCUGAUCCCCCGUCCUGACUAUAACAGCAUCUACCUCUACUGGCAAGACCUCCUCAUGUCCUAUAAUGGAAUCGACAGAAACUUCAAUAUCACAGCAUUAACCAAGGUCACAACAAACUAUCCUUUGCCAGUCUUGAAAACCGUACUGGAGGAGAUCAUGACGACUAGGAGGAUAAUCCAGCUCAGGUAUAACCCCCUGACUGUCCAGGAGAUAUACGAGAGGUUUAUAUCGCAGGGGUUGGAGCCUAUAACUGAUAAGGAGUACAAGAAGUUUUUGCAAUGGUACAAGAAGACUCCUCUGGGGAGGGAAAAGGCAGCUUUCAAUAAGUGGGCAGAUGCCAAGAGAGAAGCUGAGGCAAAGCAAAAGGAAAAGGCGACCAAGAAGAAAUAAAACUAGGUCAUCACGAAUAUUGAUACUAUUAUGUAUAUCAGUUUAUCUUUCAUAUGUUUUUUUAUUUAAGCUCAUUGAAAUCAUACUGCCUAGUCAUUAUGCCAUCUUGUGGACCAUUUCAUCAACAUUU